AUGCUGACUAUUCGAGCGGCCGCCGCACCUUUACGGCGCCAAUGCCUAUCGGCUGCCCCUCGAGCCGCCGCAACUCUAUCCUUCCAGAACCGAAGAGGCUACGCCGACAAGGUCGCCAAGUUCACGGGUGUAAAGGGCUCUGAUGGCCGUUACCCGGUCAGCAUUAUCGAGGGCGAUGGAAUUGGUCCCGAGAUUUCGCAAGCUGUGAAGGAUAUCUUUGAGGCUGCUAAGACGCCUAUUAGCUGGGAACCUGUCGAUGUCACUCCCAAAUUGGUAGAUGGAAAAACUACUAUUCCUUCCGAGACCAUUGAGAGUAUCCAAAGGAACAAGGUCGCCCUUAAAGGUCCCCUUGCCACCCCUGUCGGCAAGGGACACGUCUCGCUCAACCUAACACUCCGACGAACCUUUAACCUCUUCGCCAACUUGCGGCCAUGCCGUUCCGUCGCCGGCUACAAGACGAACUACGACAAUGUCGACACCGUCCUGAUCCGAGAGAACACUGAGGGUGAAUACUCUGGAAUUGAGCACGUUGUGGUUGACGGUGUCGUUCAGAGCAUUAAGCUCAUCACUCGCGAGGCCAGCGAGCGUGUCCUACGAUUCGCAUUCCAACACGCCGAGGAGAUCGGCCGCAAGAAGGUCCGCGUCGUCCACAAGGCCACCAUCAUGAAGAUGUCCGACGGUCUUUUCCUCAAGACUGCCCGAGAAGUCGCCAAGGACUUCCCCACCAUCGAGUUCGACGCCGAGUUGCUGGACAACACCUGCUUGAAGAUGGUUACCGACCCCCUACCUUACAACGACAAGGUCCUCGUCAUGCCCAACCUGUACGGUGACAUCCUUUCCGACAUGUGCGCCGGUCUGAUCGGCGGUCUUGGUCUUACUCCCUCGGGCAACAUCGGUGACGAGUGCUCCAUCUUCGAGGCCGUGCACGGAUCCGCGCCGGAUAUCGCUGGCAAGGGUCUCGCCAACCCCACAGCUCUGCUCCUCAGCUCCAUGAUGAUGCUGAGACACAUGGGCCUGAACGACUACGCCAACAGGAUCGAGAAGGCCACGUUCGACACCCUGGCGGAAGGGAAGUCGCUGACGGGCGACCUGGGCGGAAAGGCGAAGACGGGCGAGUACGCGGCGGCCAUCAUUUCCAAGUUGUAG